CGUCACCUCGUCGGGCCCCGGCACACACGACCACGGGCGUUGUUGUUGUCGCUUCACCCUCAGCACACCUGGAUCUCAGUGUGCAUCUUCUUUACAAGGUAAGACUGGACAGAAUCUGCGGCGGCGGCAGCGGCAGUGCGGCGACUUGGGCGAGAAACAGAAAUCAGAAUUUGGUUGCGGCUUUUGGUAGCGGAGGACUGGGCGGACAUCAAGACAUUGUGGAAACGAAGGAGUGUGCGGGUACGACGCCGGACGACUCCUGAGGCCGGAUCAUGGCCCGCUCACCAGACCGCAGGGGCGACUACGCGCGCGACCGGCGUGACGAUCGCGACCGCUACCGUGACCGCAGUCGAGAUCGUCGCUACGAUGGCCACGGGCGUGACCGAGAGCGCGAACGCGAUUGGGAUAGGAGAGAUCGCGGCAGUGACCGAUACGAGAGGCGCCCACGCGAUGAUCGCAGCUAUCGCAGAGAGUCUCCGGACCGCGAGCGGUCAAGGGAUCACAGACACCAUUCGAGACGACAACAAUCUCCGGUGAGAGACAGUAGAGACUAUGGACGUCGUCGUCCGCGCGAAGGCGACGAUAGGCACGGUAACGACGACAGGCAAUCGAAGCGCAAGAGAACCGAUUCUCCGGGACGCAGCGAGACAUCCUCACGACCAGGAACCGCGAACGGCGAUGGCUCGAGACCCCCCUCUAGAGCUGCCGAAGAGGCCGAGAAGAAGAAAGCUCAAGCAGAGAAGCUCGCCCGAGUCCAGGCCUGGAAAGCAGCAAAAGCCGGCAAGCCUGCCGCCGGUGAUGGGACUCCAACAACCGCCGACAUCGCAUCCCCAACGAGCAGUCAGCAACCAUCCACGCCCGUAUCAGCAUCUCAGCCCAAGUUCGACCCAAAAGCCAUUAAGAAGCAAAUUGACAAGAAAUCGAAGGUCUCAAAUGCCACUCUGGGCGAUGAUGCCGCCAUUCCUGCAGGUACUAGCGCGGACAGUGCUUCAAUCGCAAAACGCGCUCCAUCCAAACCGGUAGUAUUGGGCGCAGCUGAUGCCAAAAUUACUGGUUUCGGCCUCAACAAGGCUGCAAAUGAGAGACAACCAGAUAAGCUAAAUGUGUCCAAGACCGGCAAUGCUUUGGAUGAGGAUGAGGGCGAGCAGCGAAAGUUUAGGAAACUUCCUGAUCUUGCCCUCGAAGCGACUGAUGGGUCUACCGUGCCCGACGGUGCUGACGACGAACACGACGAUGACGAUCAUGACGAGCUGCGUAGUGACGAGGAAGAGGCUGAGGCAGCACGCCUGGCAGCUCAGAAGCGGGCCGAGGAAGCACAUGCUGAGCAACAGGACAUCGCAAUGGCUGAUGCUAAGAGCUCAGAGCAGAACGGCCAAGCAGCUGGAAACGAAGCGGAAGCGAUGGAAGUGGACGAAGACAUCGACCCUCUAGAUGCGUUCAUGAACAAUCUGGACCAAGAUAUUGAGCGCCAACCACGUCCUCGCAGUCUUGGAAAGCGAAGCAAUCGCGAGCCACAACUCUUUGACGAGGACGAUGGCCCUGACCUUGAUGCUGUUGGUGAAAAUCCGGAAGAUUUAUUGAGAGGCGGAGGCAAACGCAACAAGAAGGAGGUUGCGGCGGUUGAUCACAGCAAGGUUGAUUAUGAGGACUUUGAAAAGAAUUUCUACCGCGAGUCCGCCGAGGUCUCCGAGAUGAGCGCAGAGGACGUUACGACCUUGAGAGCCGAACUUGAUAACAUCACCGUUCGGGGAAUCGACCAGCCUAAGCCAAUCACGAAAUGGUCGCAAUGUGGUUUCGGCGCCCAGAUUCUGGAUGUCAUCAAGGCAAACAAAUUCGAAUCGCCAACCUCAAUUCAGUCACAGGCGCUGCCAGCCAUCAUGUCUGGUCGCGACACCAUUGGAAUUGCGAAGACAGGCUCCGGCAAAACUUUGGCCUUUACUCUGCCCAUGUUCAGGCAUAUCAAAGACCAACGCCCAGUAGCAAACCUGGAGGGUCCCAUCGGGCUGAUAAUGGCGCCGACUCGAGAACUUGCUGUACAAAUUCACCGUGAAUGCAAGCCCUACCUCAAGGCGCUCAACUUGCGCGGUGUCUGCGCCUACGGCGGAGCGCCCAUUAAAGAUCAGAUUGCCGAACUCAAGCGAGGUGCGGAGAUGGUGGUAUGUACGCCAGGCCGUCUGAUUGAUCUCCUUGCUGCUAACCAGGGACGUGUCACGAAUUUGCGACGAGUCACUUAUGUGGUCCUUGACGAAGCUGAUCGCAUGUUCGACAUGGGAUUCGAGCCGCAAAUCCAGAGAAUACUGGGCAACAUCCGGCCUGACCGUCAAACGGUACUGUUCUCGGCAACAUUCCCCAAGAAGAUGGAAACUCUUGCUCGGAAGGCUCUUACGAGACCUAUCGAAAUCGUCGUGGGUGGCCGCAGCGUUGUUGCGGCUGAGAUCACACAAAUGAUCGAAGUCAGACCUGAGGAAACCAAGUUCCGACGUGUGCUUGAGUUGCUUGGCAACCUACACGAAGCGGACGAGGACGCGCGAUCUCUGAUAUUCGUGGAGCGGCAAGAGACGGCCGACCAGAUCUUCAAAGAAUUGCACAAGAAGGGAUAUACGAGUGUCUCAGUGCAUGGAGGUCGCGAGCAGAUUGAUCGCGACCAAGCUAUUCUCGACUUCAAAGCAGGAGCCAUCCCUAUUAUGGUGGCAACGUCGGUGGCUGCCAGAGGACUCGAUGUAAAGCAACUGAAGCUGGUCAUCAACUACGACUCCCCUAAUCAUGGCGAAGACUACGUGCAUCGUGCUGGUCGUACAGGACGCGCUGGCAAUACUGGUACUGCAGUGACCUUCCUGACACCAGAGCAAGAACACUAUGCUCCAUUCCUGGUGCGCUGUCUCGAGGAUAGCAAGCAGGAGGUGCCGGAAACACUCAAAGAGAUGGCAGCUUCGCACAAGAAGAAGGUGCAAGCGGGACAGGCAAGCAAGGCAGGCUCGGGAUUCGGUGGUCAUGGUAUCGAGAGGCUUGACGCCGCCCGCGCUGCCGAGCGCGCACGCGAGAAGAACCUCUACAAGACGGGUGACGAGCCAGACGAGGAAGACGAUGGCAAGAAAGAUAAGGACAAGAAAGAAACCGAAGUCGAGAAGCUUGUUGCUAAAGCUGCAGGCAAGGUCACAGAGCGCGAUGCACAGGCCGAGCAGUCUGAGGAGAAGCCCAAGAGUACCGGCGAUAUCAUGCGCAGCGACCUGGCGGCUCAUCUGAGCAACGCGCUCAAGGUGCAGAAGACGGAAAUCCCAGCCGCCAAUACCCCUGCCCUCAACGAUCCUGUUGCCAAAGCGGCGGCCGCUGCAGCUGCCAUUAAUGGUCGUCUGGGUACCAAAGGAGCGACGCGUCCAGGAGCUCCAAUCGACAACCGCGGUCCUGACGCAGGUGCCUUCCAUUCCACCUUGGAGAUCAACGAUUUCCCGCAGAAGGCUCGCUGGGCUGUCACGAAUCGGACGAACGUCGCGAAGAUCCUCGAGGCAACGGGCACUUCCAUCACUUCGAAGGGAGAGUACUAUCCGCCAGGCAAAGAGGUGGGUCCCAACGACGCUCCAAAACUGUACAUUUUGGUGGAGGGCGACACCGAGAUUGCUGUGCAGUCGGCAAUGCGCGACUUGUCUCGCCAUUUGACUGAGGGCACGAUCCAAGCCCAAGAAGCAGAGGCUCGCUCUGGUGGCGGUGGUCGUUACAAGGUCAUCUAAAGCAAUUCGGCAUGUCCGAUGCCACGAUUCACUUUGGGGUCAGAGAAUGACAACAGGUCUCGAGCUCGAGCUCGGGCGAGAUCAGGACUGACAAUGCACUUUGUCAUCGUUUGACCAUUGCAUGAGUUUGAUAGCUCAAAGUCUGGAUACAAUGCUCGUACUCCAAUAAUGCCACAAAAUAGACUCUCUAGUCUACUCACGAUGUUUCUGCACAAAUUGCUCUGUCCCGCAUCCCACCUACUCCUCUGCCCAUGUUACGCCUGUUUUCCGUCCAGAAUCACGGUGAACCCCCUGCGACCAUCUUGCAUGUUGCGGCUUUUCGUGAAGCGUAAUCAAGCAUUGUUCUUGCCAGCAACCGGGCACCCGUUACAGGCGCU